CCAGCCUAGGAUACGGAUACGGACACGCAGCGACGACUCUCUCCAAUUCGUCUUGAUUUUUGUUCUCUGGAACGAGGCGACUUGUGUAACUGAUUUCUACCCCGAAUUCCUUUCAAGAUUCAGUCCGACGAAUAUUGAUUGCGUCACAGCCAUAUUGACUGUCAGUCUGCCGUUGCGUUGCGUGCUGCUUCACUCACUAUCGCGCUUUCCAUUCUGCCGCCCUCGUUGCUUGCUGGCCAAGCUACCUAGUAUGGUUGGAUUCCCAUGUCCCUGAACGAGCACGACUUGUCACAGCUCCGGGCCGCCCUGCAGGACGCAGUGGUCAAGUGCUCGGAGCGGUGUCUAUACCAGUCUGCCAAAUGGGCAGCCGAGCUUCUUGACGCCAUCCCGGCCACAUCUCACGAUGCGCCGCAGUUGAACGACCCCGGUGCCGACCACAUGCCAGCCGUAUUUUCUCCGAAUCCGGAUCCAGAUGAGGCCCGGCUCGAGGCACAAGAGUUCAGCAAGUACCUCCUGGCCAAGUCUUUUUUUGACUGCCGCGAGUUUGACCGCUGCGCCGCCGUUUUUCUUCCCGACUCUAUUCUCUCUGGCAUAAUCGAACCGAACCAAGAUGCUCCCGGCGGCACCCCGAACAACAAGGGCAACACUAAGGCGGGCACGGUGCCCCUUGGCGCGCCUAGCAGCAGCCUGCCUGUCAUGAGCCAGAAGAGCCUCUUUUUGGCCCUCUAUGCCAAAUUCAUGUCUGGCGAGAAGCGCAAGGAUGAAGACUCGGAAAUGAUCAUGGGUCCCCAGGAUCUAGGUACCGUCGUCAACAAGCAGUUGCUCCCCGUCAGCCGAGUCCUCAACAGAUGGUUUGAAGAAAGGACAACAGAGGACGGCGAGGUCGUUGGUAGUCAAGGGUGGCUCGAGUACCUAUACGGGAUGGUACUUGCCAAAGAGAAGAACGAGGAGAAAGCCAUGGACUACUUCAUUCGGAGCGUUCAUGUAUUCCCCAUGAACUGGGGAUGUUGGCUCGAAAUGACCUCGUUGAUAUCGCGGAUCGAGGAUCUCAACCGCAUAUCGCGGCACCUCCCGCAGAACAUCGUGUCAUACAUCUUUCACGUCCACACGUCGCUUGAACUCCACCAACAAGGCCCCGGGCUGGCCAACUCGCUAGACCAACUUCUCGGCAUAUUCCCGAGCUCUUCUUUCCUCCUCACCUGCAACGCCCUCCUUUCGUACCACGCGAAAGACCUCGUCGCCGCUGAGCAGCUUUUCAGUCGCCUGCUGUCUCUGCACCCGCAUCGGCUAGACUCGCUGGAUCAUUAUUCCAACAUUCUUUACGUGAUGGAAUAUCGGCCGAAGCUGGCCUUCCUCGCUCACCUCUGCUCUACCAUUGACAAGUUCCGACCCGAAUCCUGUAUCGUCAUUGGCAACUACUACUCACUGCUGUCCAUGCACGAGAAGGCCGUUCAAUACUUCCGCCGCGCCCUGACCCUAGACAGGACAUGUCUUUCUGCCUGGACUCUCAUGGGUCACGAGUUUGUGGAGCUCAAGAACACCCACGCCGCCAUCGAAUCGUAUCGACGCGCAGUGGACGUCAAUCGCCGCGACUACCGGGCAUGGUAUGGCCUCGGCCAGACAUACGAGGUCCUGGAGAUGCACACGUACAGUCUGUGGUACUACAAGAAGGCCGCGGGUCUGAGGCCGUGGGAUGCGAAGAUGUGGGUGGCUGUGGGGUCAUGCCUGCAGCGGAUGGGGCGCAAUCAAGAAGCCAUCAAAGCCCUCAAGCGGGCGCUGCUAGCCGACGCGUACUACGAGGGGGGGGACAGCUUUGACAGCGGCGACAUCCUCGGCAACAGGGGCCCCACGGGCCACAUGGAUCCCGAGGUGCUCUUCCAGAUCGCCACCAUGUACAACGAUCUCGGGAAUCUCGGGGAGGCGAAGGCGUACAUGGAACUCUGCGUGGCGCAGGAGGAGGGCGACCUGGUGGACCCCAGCGGCGGCCUAGGCGGUUCGGUCGCUGUCCACAAGGACUCCCCCGCCGGAUCCGACGACGGGAACGGCGAGGAACGGGAACGCACCAUGCGCGAGGGGACAGGCGUGACGGCCUCGACAAGCCGAGCGCGCAUGUGGCUAGCACGGUACGCCAUGGACUCAGGGGACUACGCCACGGCCAAUAGGCUGGCGACUGAACUUACGCAAGACGGGUUCGACGUGGAGGAGGCUAAGGCCCUCGUCAGGGAGGCCCGGUCGAGGAUGCACGAAGAAGGGCAGCUGCCGAGCCCUUAGGAGACUCGAACUGACCCUGGUAGACGUGUUGUUGUCGUUCCUGUUGAUUUGCCCCGGGUGCUGAUCGGGGGGAUCCCCUUCCGUGGGGCAAGGCGGGCGGGAUAAUCCUGUUUGACGAGCACUCAGUGGAUUGGGGAGAAACGGGCUCAGGGGUUCCAUGAUGGCGUUACGUUUUCUUUUAUGGUAUUAUGGGUCCGGGUGCAUGGUGCAACGGGAAGCCUGACAUUUUCCGG